AUGAAUUUAAUUUUUACAUUUUUCUUUGUUUUUCAUUCCCCCUCCAGAAAUACGUCACUUUUUGGCUUGUUCAUUUAUAUUUCAUACUCUUCCUUUUCUUUUUUCACCCUUUCCUUCCAUCACUCCUUCCUUACCUUCCUUCUUUCUUGCUUGCUUUUCUUUUCUUUCUGCCUUCCUUUGUGCCUUCCCACUUUAUUGACUACCUUUCCUUCCUACCUUUUUUUUACUUCCUUUUCCUCCUCCUUCCUUUUUUUUGAAGUCCUUCCUAUUUUUUCUUCUUUCCUCCUCUUCCUUUUUCUUUCUUUUUUUUUUUCUCCUUUUUUCCUUCUUUCUUCCUUCCUUUUUUUUUUUCUUUUCUUUUUUUCUUUUCCUUCCUUCCUUUUCUUCCUUCUUUUCUUCCUUCCUUUCCUUCUUUCCUUUCUUCUUCCUUCCUUCCUUUCUUCCUUUCCUUCUUUUCUUUUCUUCCUUCCUCCUUUCUUUUUUCAACCUUUCUUCCUUCCUUCCUUUCCUUCUUUUUUUCUUUCUUUCUUUCUUUCCUUCCUUCCUUUCUUCUUUCUUUCCUUCCUUCCUUCCUUCCUUCCUUCCUUCCUUUUUUCCUUUCCGUCCUUUCCUUCUUCCUUCUUUUUUCUUCCUUCUUCAAAUCUUCCUUCCUUUCUUUCUUCCUUUUCCUUUUCCUUUUUCUUUCUUCCUUCCUUCCUUCCUUCCUUCCUUCCUUCCUUCCUUCCUUCCUUCCUUCCUUCCUUCCUUCCUUCCUUUCCUUCUUCCUUCCUUCCUUUCUCCUUUUCCUUCCUUCCUUCCUUUUUUUUUUCUUUCUUUCUUUUUCCUCUUCCUUCUUCCUUCCUUUCUUCCUUUCUUCUUCCUUCCUUUUUUCUUCCUUUCUUCCUUCCUUUCCUUUCUUUCUUUUUCCUUCUUCUUUUCCUUCCUUCCUUCUUUCUUUCUUUCUUCCUUCUUUCCUUCUUCCUUUCUUCCUUCCUUCCUUCCUUCCUUUCCUUCCUUCUUCCUUCCUUCCUUCCUUCCCCCUCUUUCCUUCUUUUUUUUUCCUUUCUUCCUUCCUUUCCUUCCUUUUCCUUCCUUCCUUUCCGCCUCUUCCUUCUUUUUUCUUUCCUUCUUCCUCUUCCUUCUUCCUUCCUUUCUCUCUCCUCUUCAUUCAUUCGCCUUUCAUAUAUUUGCCCUCUCUAUCAUUCCCUUUCCUUUUUCUCCUCUCUCUCUCUCCUUGAUUCUCACCCUUUCUCUCUAUAUAGUUCGCUCCUACUUUCCUUUACUUAUCUACUUCCCCCUCCAAUUUUUCUUUUUGAAAUGAUUUAA